AUGGUCAUGACUGUUCAAAUUGCCCUGUAUAGUCACGUACCUGUGCCAACUGUGGUGACUCCCGUUAUGUAUUUUAUAGGAGCUGCUCUGCAUAUAAGCUCAAAUGUGAGAGCAGUGAUGGCAGACCUGACCAACAUUCUGAAGAAGGUGAAGGCGGGCCAAGUGGAUAGCCUUCAGGACAAUGUCAGAGUAUUAUUAUCUACAUGCAAUGGGAGUGCAGAGAGUCAGCAGAUCCUCCGACACUGUUCCAGACUUGUUUAUGAACAACAGGACAUUGAUGUUCAAGUUUUCUCAGGCAUCGUGGAUAUUGUGAAUAUUUGUUGCAAACACCAGCAAGGCCCUGCAACAGUUGAUGCAAUAUUCCACCUCAAAUCCAUGUUUUAUGUUAUACUUAUUACUUCAAAGAGAAAAGAGUUACAUCGGCAUUUGAUACAGUUAGUGUCAAGUGUCAUGCCAUAUGUGCCACAGUGUGACACAACCAAGGGUGAUGGACAGGCCAUUGUCAAGAAUUUGUACCAGAGUGUUUGGAAUGCAAGUCUGAGCCACAAUAUACCUGCUGAGGCCUUGAUGCUCCAGGGAUAUGCUUUACAAUUCCUCUUGGCUGCAGGAACAAGCAUUAAUAAAGUGUGUGAACAAGCUCUGAAGGCUGUUGCUAAUUUUGAGCAUGUUCAAAAAACAUCUGAUCACCUCGAGAAGUUCUUCCCAACUGUUAUUUCUGGUCUUUUGGAUAACAUGAAAAGGGGCGCUAAAGUGAAUGGAGAUACGGUGCUGUCCGUGUUCGGUCUUGUGGUAGAGUACGCCAAAACUCUCCUCAGACUGAAUAAAUGUGCAGAUUUCAGUGGCAUAGCAGGUCCUCUUGUAGCUGUUCUUGAGCAGAGCUGUGACCAGCAGACUGUCAUGGCACUCAAAGUAGGCUUGAAGCUGAUGGAGUUGGCUAUGGCCAUAAAGUUGGGAAAGCGCGGUGAGGAUAUGAUGAUGAAGUUCCUCCAGUCAUGCAGCGUUGUGUCGUCUUCAUUAGUGCCGAACAUGAUCUUACUCCUCAGUCUUCUCUGCACUACUGCCAUGUUUGAACAACAGCGUGGUAGAGAUGUCACAUAUAUGAUAAGUAUGCAGCUCUUAGACAAACUUGUGGAAACCCUUCUCAGUCGGUGCAGUUCACCAUUAACUGAUGAAAAUGUGAAGAAGGUAGCUACAGUCCUGUGUCAGCAGUUGGGCUUUUAUGUCGACCUCCAGAAGAAUUCCGCUGACCAGAAAGCUGUCCUGAAGCAAGCUCUCCCCUGGGUCAACAGGGCCAAUUCCUUCAUCUCUGCCAACUGUGCCAAGAAGCCAGAUGCUAUAUGGCAGAUUUAUAAUGUUGGUGUCAAUGCUGGAAAUUUGGGAGUUCUGGCAUUUAAGGGAACCAUAUACAAUAUAGCAGGAAAGUUUCUUGAAACAUCUGUGGACAUGCUUGAUAUGUAUUACAGCAUGGCAUCAAAUGAUCAAAAAAAGACUGUUGCUACCUCCCUCCAUAAGAAGCUGGUGUUAUGGAGUGAUGCACUGAGGUAUAGUGGUUGUCACUGGGAUGCUGCCGUGGCUGCAGGAAGAGGCAUGCUCAGAAAACACUUGACCACAACAGACCUUGUUAACAUGUGGGUCAAGUGUAAAAGGGAUGCAGAAAGAACAGGCAAUAAAAAGUUGAAGGGAUUAACAGUAUGUGACGUGGUAGGUGAAGCAAGAAGAAAGUUCCAUGAAACAGAAGGGGCCACCUUUAACAAAACUGAAGCUCUUAAAUAUGAAAUUGAGAGCUACAAAAAACAAAGCCAAAACACAGCAGAUGACCAGCUCUCCUGUGGAAGAGUCCUGGUGGAGGAGUGCGAGGGUGGGAAAGACGCUUACGAGGCUAAGGUCUAUGGGCUCCUAGUGAUGGUGGAAGUGCUCUGGAUCCAACCCGAGCUUGCAGGAUCCAGUAGUGAGGCUGUAGACUUGGUCAAGAAAGCUAUUGCUCUCAUUCAGGAGGCAAAGAAUAACAAAAGGUACAGCAGCAGACUCGCAGAGUUGGAAGCCCUAUCAAACUUCUGGCUCUACCUUUGCAACCUUCAGCGGAUUCAAGAAACUGCAGCUGAAGAAGUGAAGGAGUCUGAGAAGCCUUCUUCCCUGACAGUCCAAGCAACUGACCUUGGGGAAGAAGAGCAGGUCAAUGAUGCCUGUGAUGUGCGCCCGGCCCCCACCUGCUUGACCUUAUACUCGCAGGAAUCCUCCUUUGCUCCCCUGCACUCUGCACUCAGGAUAUGGGAGGAACUCUCUUUGAAGGGGGAAGCAUUGGAGGAUGUGGCAACUGUAUGUUCUUGCCUUGCUUCUGUGGGAUAUGUGUAUCAACUGAGUGGCUUUAUCACACCCACUGUGCGAGCCUGGACAACUCUUGUUUCUGUGGCACGAAAGAACUCCUUACGGACAUAUCUACUGAGAGGUAUAACAGAGUUGUUGCUUGUGGUGCCUGAGUUAGUCCCGAAAGAACUAGUAAAAGAGGCCAAGGAGGCCAUUACUGCAUGCCAGGCUAGCAGUAACCAGGAUCCAUCUGUAGUGUAUGUGACCCUGAUUGCUAUCACAGCACUUGCCUACUACUAUCUCAAAUUGGGUCAGUACAGUGAAGGAGUCUUGUACAUGUCUGAAGCCCUUAAGAGUGAUGUAAUGGAUAAGCGGACUGUCAGGGCCACUGAAGCUCAGACGAUAGUGCACUUUGUAGCCUCCAUGUAUGCAGGCCUUCCACACUGGGUCUUGGAGGAGGCUAAGAAACCUUCCCAGCCAAGCAUAUCACUAGCUCUUUUGGCAUGCCGUGAGGCGAAUGCACUUGUGGAGUCAUACGCAACUUCAUCUAGUAAUGAUAUAAUCUGCUGGCGGCAUCGAGUAGCUUGGCUUCAUUUAACAACGACAGUUUGGUAUGGCGCAAACCAGUGUUACAUCCGGGAUGUUCUCCUCCGUGUUGCCGGUGUCUGUUCUCCCCACUCCGCCCUCACUCGAGACAAGAGCUUCUGCUUUACAACUGUCUUGAUUUGCGGUCUCAGGAACACAGCUGUUUUUAUCCCGAGAGGCAAACCUGUCCCCCAACAAGCCACACUGCCAUGUGCAGCUGGCAAGGCAGCCUGCAACAACGAAACCCAACUCACCUCUCCUGCUGGACAGCCUCCUGUAGGACAUGGCAAGUUCAUCAACACCGAGCAAGCAACGUCCCGCAACCCUAUAUCCCGUGAUAAUCCGAGCCCGUGGUUGAGUGACGGCCGUUGCGAGUACAUCGUCACGGCUGCCUUCUCCCAGAGCGGACUGUUGCUAAUCCGAGGUUAG